UCCCCGGCGGCUCCCGCCACGCUCGCUUCCAUCACCGCGCUCCUCUCCGCUCCGCUCCGGUCCCGCUCGACUCCGCGCGCACCAUGGCCUCCAUCCAGCAGCUGGUCGGGAGAUGGCGCUUAGUGGAGAGCAAAGGCUUCGACGAGUACAUGAAGGAACUAGGCGUGGGAAUGGCUCUGCGGAAAAUGGGCGCCAUGGCCAAGCCAGACUGUGUCAUCACUUCCGACGGCACACACCUCACCGUCAAAACCGAGAGCACGUUGAAGACCACCCAGUUCUCAUGCAACCUGGGAGAGAAGUUUGAAGAGACUACAGCAGAUGGCAGGAAAACUCAGACCGUCUGCAACUUCGUCAACGGCGCGCUGGUCCAGCACCAGGAGUGGGACGGGAAGGAGAGCACCAUCACGCGGCGGCUGGAGGGCGGGAAGCUAGUGGUGACACCACCCUGGUUCAAAACCCACCAGCAUCUCUCCCCUGGCCUCCUUGUCUGCAUGUUCAUUCUCCCAGAGGGAACAUCGUAAAGUAUGUCACUCCUGGUGAGAAUCUCCAUUAGCUUCUCAUAGUAGAAGCCAGAAUCUUUACCGAGGUUCGAGCUGAUCUUGCCCAUGUCUCACUUCUCAACAUCCCCUCCUGAUUUCUUCUCCUCACGCAAAUAUUUUCCUCCAACCACUGGCCACCGAUGAUGCAAAUGUGUUCCUGCCCCAGGGCCUUUGCACCUCCUACCACCUCUGCCUGUGCUGAACUUCCCUGGGGAAACUACAGCCCAGGCUCCCUCAGCUUUCUCACUUCCUUCAGGUCUGUUCUCAGACGUCAUCCUGGCAGUGAGUCAUUCCCAGACCACAGUGUGUAUCAGGGCCACACCCUCCCCCUCUCUAUUCCCCUACGCCGCCCUUGCCUUGUCACCAGUCCUUAUUGACUAUAUAUUUACUUGCUUGUGUUUCAUUAUUAUUUGUCUUCCAUGGGGAGGGAAGCUCUGUGAAGAAGGGAAUUUGCUUUUACAGCGCUCUCUCCCCACCAUUCAAUUAGGAAUCAACCUGGCAAACAGGAGAUGCUCAAUAAAUAUUUGUUAAGUAAAUUCAUUAA